AUGAGUGCAAAGACAGACGUGAACAGGCGAGUCCUAGCAAUUCAGGCGAAAAAAAAAAGGCACAAGCCAAGUAAGCGAAAAGGAAAGGGAAAUGCACAGGAUGAAUCAGAAACAUCGGGAGCCCAAUGCUCAAAAGCAUCGGCCACUCAGCAAGGACAGGGAUCGGGUUUCUAUCAGGAUGCUUCCUCGCAGAGACCAUAUUCCAGUGACAAUGGAAACAGAUUGGAACCAUGUCAUAGCUCAAGUAACGAAACGAUGGAAGAUGGUGAUGAAAUAUACAGUAGUGAGGAUGAAGAACAAGAGGACAGUAGUGAUUAUUGUAAAGGAGGAUAUCAUCCUGUUAAAAUAGGAGAUUUAUUCUUAAAUCGUUAUCACGUAACACGUAAACUUGGCUGGGGUCACUUCUCUACAGUUUGGCUCUGUUGGGACUUACAGUGGAAUGUUUUAAAAUGUGUCCUCCAGGAUAAGCGAUUUGUGGCACUUAAAGUGGUCAAAUCUGCAUCUCAUUUUACUGAAACUGCAUUGGAUGAAAUUAAAUUAUUAAAAGAUGUGCGCGAUACAGAUCCCAGUGAUCCUAAACGCAAUAAAACCGUCCAGUUACUCAAUGACUUCAAGAUCAGUGGCAUUAAUGGUUUGCAUGUUUGCAUGGUAUUUGAAGUGCUUGGGCAUAAUCUUCUUAAACUGAUAAUCAAAUCCAACUAUAGAGGAAUUCCAAGAAACAAUGUUAAACGUAUCAUCAGACAAGUUCUUGAAGGUAAAAUCAUUCAUACAGACAUUAAACCUGAAAAUGUUCUUGUUUGUGUUGAUGAAGCUUAUAUUAGAAAAUUGGCUUGUGAAGCUACAGAAUUACAUUCACUUGGAAUAAAGUUGCCAGUGUCUUUAAUUUCAACUGCACCAAAGGAAUUCCAAGAACCUACUCCUAAUUCUAAAAUGUCAAAAAAUAAAAAGAAGAAGCUUAAGAAAAAAGCAAAGCGUCAGAAUGAAUUAUUGAAGAAACAAAUGGAACAAAUAGAAGAACUUGAAGAGCAGGAUAAACUUGCAAAUAGCACAAGAGCAAAUGGAGAAUUAGAAACAAAUAGUCCAGAUCAAGACGUAAAUACGGAAAGUAUAGAAGAUAAUACUGAAAGCAAAGGUUCACCUGAUAUUUCAGAACCAUCUGCACCUUCAUUGCACAUAAAUGGUGUAGAUAGUUUAACAGCUGAAGAGAAAGUAGAAAAUCAAUUACCUCAACAAUCUGAAAAGAUGGAAAAUGCAAAUUCGUGUGAUGUAGAAAAGAAUUGCGGUGAAGGAGUACAUUUACCUGAUCAUGAAGAUACUGACGAAUGUAGUGAAGGUCGUAAUUUACAUCCACCUGAAAGUAAACAACUGAAAAGAGCAUCUGUAGCUCCUUUAGAUCCUGCCCUAGUAGAAUGUGAUGUUGAAGUGAAAAUAGCAGAUCUUGGUAAUGCAUGUUGGGUCCAUAAAAAAUUUACAGAUGAUAUUCAAACUCGUCAAUAUAGAUCAUUAGAAGUAUUAUUAGGAUCUGGAUAUGAUACAUCUGCAGAUAUAUGGUCCACUGCCUGUAUGGCAUUUGAAUUAGCAACUGGUGACUAUCUCUUUGAACCACAUAGUGGCAAUUAUUAUUGCAGAGAUGAAGAUCAUUUAGCACACAUUAUUGAAUUGCUUGGAGAAAUACCAAGACACAUUGCUCUUUCUGGCAAAAACUCAAAAAUGUACUUCAAUAAGAAAGGUGAACUAAAACGGAUUACUGGAUUAAAACCUUGGGGACUAUACGAGGUGCUUACGGAGAAAUACGAUUGGUCACCAAGAGAAGCGCGCGAGUUUGAAGAGUUCCUAACUCCGAUGCUAGAGUUUGACCCGAGUAUGCGAGCUACAGCAGCAGAGUGUCUGAAGCAUCCGUGGCUGAAAAUCAAAAAGUGAUCAUUUUUUUUUAUCGUUUUAUCUUUAAAUUCUUCAACUCUACACUUCUACCAUCCUGAUAUAAUUAUACAUAAGUCGGGAGUGUGACAAGAGGCAACGACUGACAAUAGUCAGGUUCUUUCUCAUUAUAUAUGUAAUUUUAUUUUUGUGUGAGGAGUAUAUUGUCAUUGAAAACGCACAGUAUAGAGUUAUUUAAUAUUUAAUAUUAUAAAAUGCAAAAUCAUUAAAAAUGUGUUUUAGACAUUAUAAUUUAGAAAUGAUUUUUACCUUUUUUAGCUGUUGGUAAUUUUAUGAUUAUCAUUUACGUCCACGUGAUUAUGACUAAUUUCAUACAGCAAAAGGAGAUAUUUAAUAUUGGAACAAAUUGGGAAAGAAAGAACUUGCUACAUUCCAUCAAAUUCCAAUAAUUGCUGCAGUUGAGUAUGCUUCUAAUUGUAACACUCUCGACGAUGGCUGCCUACUUGUGUAUUUAUAAAUUUGUUAAAUCAUAUUUUUCAUUUAGUAUAAUGCUAUCUUAAAUUAAAAUUUCGUAGUACUUUAUUAUUUUACACGGUCGUCGUUAUAUUAUCCUUUACACUACUUGUCACUUAAUUUAUAAAAUAUCCCAAGAGUCAUGGGACCCACUCAUAAUAUACUUUAGGAAAGGGCAGGCCCAUUUAUAUCUCAUAAUGAAUAUUGAAAUUUCCAUUAAAAUACUUUUUUUAGAUUAAAUUGA